UGAUUUUCUGCCUCUCCUUUUGCACAGCUGGGACACCGAGGAGCUGUGCUGGGAGGACCCUGUCUGCAGGAUGUUCUCUCCACCAAAGACCUCCCUGUGACCGGCGAUGAUGACAGUCCCGGCGGGACCUUGGGAAGCACUAACAUUUCAGUAGCCCAGCACCCGUGGACGGCCUCUUACCCCUCCUUGUGCAGACCCCGCCCUCGCAGCGCUCACCGGGAUGGUCUGUUAACCACGAGGAACCCUGCUUCUUUCCUCCUCACCCUUCCAUUUUCGGCAGCUCUGGGAUUUGUAUGGCAGCAGCGUAACCGUGGAGAGGCCGGGGUAUCACAAACUUAUGGAUUUUGAUAAGAGAGGAGGGAAAGGGGAGCUGGAGGAAGGUAAAAGAAUGUCCAAGACAGGUGGAGGAAGGAGUGGUCAUGGAGGCCGGGGUGCUGGAACCAACUCGGGAGUCUUAAUGGUGGGUCCCAACUUCCGUGUCGGCAAGAAGAUUGGAUGCGGCAAUUUCGGGGAGCUCCGUCUAGGGAAGAAUCUCUACACAAACGAAUACGUAGCUAUCAAAUUGGAACCCAUAAAAUCCCGGGCCCCCCAGCUGCACCUGGAGUAUCGGUUCUACAAACAGCUCGGCAAUGCAGAAGGAAUUCCUCAGGUUUACUACUUUGGCCCCUGUGGGAAGUACAACGCCAUGGUGUUGGAGCUGCUUGGACCCAGCCUGGAAGAUCUCUUUGAUCUGUGUGACCGAACCUUCACGCUCAAGACCGUCCUGAUGAUCGCGAUCCAGCUGAUCACACGGAUGGAGUAUGUCCACACCAAAAGCCUGAUCUACAGAGAUGUCAAGCCAGAGAACUUCCUGGUGGGGCGGCCGGGCAGCAAGCGGCAGCACACCAUCCACAUCAUCGAUUUUGGCCUGGCCAAAGAGUAUAUCGACCCCGAGACCAAAAAACACAUCCCCUACCGAGAGCACAAGAGCCUGACAGGGACAGCACGUUACAUGAGCAUCAACACCCACCUGGGGAAAGAACAAAGCCGCAGGGACGACCUGGAAGCAUUAGGGCACAUGUUUAUGUACUUCCUCCGUGGGAGCCUGCCUUGGCAAGGCCUCAAGGCCGACACACUAAAGGAGAGGUACCAGAAGAUUGGUGACACCAAAAGAGCCACCCCGGUGGAGGUGCUCUGUGAGAACUUCCCAGAGGAGAUGGCCACGUACCUGCGCUACGUGCGGCGCCUGGAUUUCUUCGAGAAGCCCGACUACGACUACCUGAGGAAGCUCUUCACAGACUUGUUCGAGAGGAACGGUUACGUGUUCGACUACGAAUACGACUGGGCAGGGAAACCUCUGCCCACCCCCAUUGGCACGAUGCACAGCGAGGUGCAGGUGCAGCCCCCGAACAGAGACAAAGCACAGCCACACACCAAACACCAGCCGCCCGAGGGGACGGAGUUGUGGGAUCCUCAGGCCGGUGGGCAGCCUGCCGAGGAGCCUUUGGGAGCUCACCUGGCAGCCGGCAGGCUCGGGGGGUCCGUCCAGGUGAUGAGCUCCACCAACGGAGAGCUGAACACAGAUGACCCGACGGCAGGACAUUCGAACGCCCCCAUCACAGCCCCCACCGAGGUGGAGGUGACAGACGAUACAAAGUGCUGCUGUUUCUUCAAGAGAAGGAAGAGGAAAACCACCAAGCGUCGCAAGUGAGCUGCCGGCCGGGCGGAGCGGCGAGCGAUGGCUCCUCUCCCUCUGGCCGAGGCUGGAUGUUGCCCCGCGGAGCCAGCGGCCCCUCGGGCUGGACGGGGCCGGGGGGCCGGGCCGGACGGGUCCCCCAGCGCCCCGCGCGCAGCUGGGGAGCGGGGCCUCCCCAAACUGCUUGUCCUUUCCUCCGCCACUCGUGGCCGUUUACUCGAACCAAGCCCAACUUCGCUGAAGUUCCUGCGUCCGUCAAACAGAAAAAAAGAAGAAGAGAAAAACCCACGGCGUCACUUGCUUUGAGUUUAUAACCAGUCUGAAAUGGGGAUCAACUACAGACUCUGACCCGUCGCUGUCAGAAGAAGAUGAAGACAAUUUCAAGAGCAGUGGGCUAAGGAGGAAUUUUUUUUUUUUCUGUUGCUUCUUUGUCUCUUAAGUUAAUUUAAAGUGAGUCUCGGUGCAGAGUGCUGAGUCGUCAGUCUUUGACCGUCAUCUUCAGUGUUACCGAAUUCUGCUCUUCCUUCCGGCCCCCCGCGGGUCCCCUCGGUCCGGCCGUCGGUGGCAGCGCCGGGCUCGCUCCGGCCCCGCUCGGGCGGGGAGAGCCGGGGCGCGCGGGGCGGGGAGAGGAAACGCGUUUACAGUUCAUUUACGAUGCACUUUUGCGAGCAAUACAGGCGCCGUCCGGUCCCGCCGAGAGCAGGUCCGAGACUCCCAGGGGCUGGGGGACACAGGGACAGGAACGGCCGAGACCAAAGGGACCCAUGAAUGGCGGUGGCAAAGCAGGGAGGGGAAGCAAAGCAGCCUCGUCUCUGGUGCUGCCAUGUCUUGGGGCUGGAUGUUUCCACAACAGCUGUAGGUGCGGGCAGGGCUUGAUCGGCCUCUUGGUUUUACAGCCCGAGGCCCCGCGGCCGCUCCGGGGGCCGGGCCGGGCGGUGCAGGGCGCCGGGGUGGAGCGGCUCUGCCAGCCGGGGAUCCCCACCACGGCAUCCCCGCUGUGGGCUCCUCCCGGCCUCUCCUGGGGCUGGGGGAAAUGCAGGUUUUGGAAUGACACACGGACACCCCGCACCCCCCUGUUCCUCGCCACCCCAGGGCACUGCAGCUCCCCACCUGACUGACCCCGUGCGCUGUCUGUGUAUUGAUCGUGACACUUUGGGGGGGGACACACACUUAUCUUUACCAAAACCCUGUUGUUCUGCCCCAGGAGAAGGGGCUGAGGCUGUGCUGGGGGGGCGGGGGAGGGAUGGGACCAUCUGUGGCUGCUUUGAAACAUUUGUCCAAACUGACCAUCUCGGGGGGCUGGAGACCCCGGAUUGUGGAGGGGCUGGGGGGGCCUGGGGUCUCCCACGGGGCCGUGCCCUCCCCACGGCCCCUCUUCAUCCUGAAUUCGGGAUUGACCCCGGCUUUGGCUUGUCCGGGCUGCGGCCCCAGCUGCUGCUGUGUCCCUGGCCAGGCAGGAAGGGGACGUGCAACGUUUGACCUCGUGUCCCCAGCGAGGCGAACAAACGAAUUUUAAAAAUCGCCUUAAAAUUUUCACUGGAAGUGGUCCCUUGUCAGCGCGCCGGCUCAGAGCAGCCCCGGCCGAGGCCGAAGAGGAGCCGCGGAGAGGAAGGGAAGCGGCCCCAGGGCGUGCCCGGAGUGCCCGGCUCCGUGCGCGCUCCCUCGGGGCCGGCCCGAGCCCGGGGCUCUCUGUCCUUCCAGCGAGGAGUCCAAAUACUGCGAUUGUACGUGAGAGCGUUUGUUCCAUUGCGAGUUUAGUUACUGCUUUAAAACCAAGUGUACAGGUAUGGCAUUUCAAUUUCUCUGAUGCUUCCUGGAAGCCAUAGAAUUUAGGGGCUUUUUUUUAAUAAAAACAAAAAAAUAAAAUAAAAAAAAAAUCUUUAAAACCCAA